AUGGACCGGGACUACCUCGUACCUGUUCUUCGACACUCUGAACGAUCCGCUGUGUCAGCCAUAUCUGAGAUCCCCAGAGAUAUCCCCAUCCACCUGGAGCUGGCCAGCAUGACGGACAAAGACUACAUGAACAGCAUCAUGCAGGAGCAGGUUAUGCCCAUUGUCAGCUCCAUCGGGCUGAACGAGCAGGAGCUGCUCUUCCUCUCUCAGGCUGGAGAGGGGCCUCAUGCUGAGAUGGUAGCCUGGCAAGGGAUCCCAGACGUGGGGCGGGUCAGCGACAUCCUGCUGUGGAUCCUGGAGCAGCACGGCCGCAUCGAGCCAUCCUCCGAGGCGGACCUGACUCGCAUUCACUUCCACACGCUGGCCUACCACAUCCUGGCCACGGUGGACGGGUACUGGGGGAACCAGGCGUCCGCGGUGAUGGCCGGAGCGCGUGUCGCCAGCACUCAGGCGUGUGGCCUCCAGGCUGUGGACCCCAGCAAGGUGGAGCUGAAAGCCCCGCUGGAGUUUCACAGCUCACACGCUGAGCCCCGAGAGCAGCUGUCCCUGAUCCCAGAGCAGCCGGUCACCGUGUGGCGGAGAGGAAACGUCACCUUCCACCUGACGGCCGUGCUGGUGUGCCGACAGCCUCUGAGGACAGUCGGGCUCGGGGACGCCAUCUCAGCAGAGGGACUCGUUUACUCCGAGUUCGAGACCCAGCAGCCCUUCUGAGGUUUGCUUCAAUCUGACACUCCUUGAAGUCUGAGAUUGUUAGGUCGGAGUUUCUAAGGUUGUUCAGGCUUCUGUUUCCUGAACCAGUGUCUUCCUCUCUGGAGCUGCACUGAGUUUAAGGAUGUGAUCGAUGGUGAUAGAUUUAAAUCCUGCCUGAUGACUCGUCCAGCCAGCUCUCCUCUGUUCCUCCUCCUCCUCCUCCACUCCUCCUGCAAACACAGAAAGUGAGGCGGCGCUUCACAGAAGUGUCUGGGCUGCGAGGCGACCUGACUCUAUGCAUCGGCCGCGACUCAAAGCCAUGUUCACAAACUCCAAAGAGUUCUGUUAGCUCACCUAAUUUACUCUGACCUGCAUAUCUUAGGUAUGCUGUGCCUUUAGACAAAUAUGAGUUUAAGAAGUUAUAAUAAUACCAUAUUCAUAUUUCAGAGCCACUUCAAACUUAGCAUCACAUCAGCUGCCCUUCUGACACACACAUAUAAAUAAUUCUGUUUGACUGGAAACUGAUGAGCGUCUUACUAUAUCGUAGAAUCUAGGUGGAAAUCUUGAUGUUCUGUGUUUCUUCAACUCAAUGGGUGACUUACUUGCGUGUAAUUAAUGUUUAGACUGUUAAGACAUACUUGACCUUUUUGUUAUUUGUCACUAAAAAGAUAAAUACUAGUCUUCUCAGUUGUUUUAAGAUGUUAAAGUUUCUCAACUCUGCAUAGUAACAGUUAUUAUAAUCUCUGGUGCUUUCACACUUCUGAUGCAUUGUCCAUAUAUGAUCAAAUAAUGAGAUUCUACACUAUAAAAUGCAAGUGUGGUUUUGAAGGGGAUCCUUCUUUAUGCAGUAAAGCUCAGUUUACAAUGAGAUGCACCGGAUGAUUCAUUGAAAAGGUUCUGAUGGCGAUUAAACACAGAUAAUGGUGAAAUUAAAUUCCAAAAUGAGCUGUGCACCAUUAUGUUAUCCUGGUUACUGUACUUCUUUGUAUAUUUGUUUACUGUUUUUUUUUGUACAGGGUCAUUCUGUCAGUUGUUACCUUCUCUCACUUGUAAAAUGUGACUGUAACACGAUUGGCUGGAAAAUCUUACUGUUACAUAAAGCAAGAAGAGCUUCUGGCCUAUCGGUACAUUAUGCUGUUUCAUGGGUUGUUUGGUUGUUUUUUUUAGCUUACUUGGGAACGGCUGCUUCAUGUUAGUAUACAUUGCAUAGCCGU